AUGCCCGGGGUCAACGCCGUGUUUGAGAUCUCGCUAACAGGUGGCGCCGGCGUGUUUGCGGUGGCGCCGCGCGUCGCGACGGGUUCGACGUCAGUGAGCAUCCGCGUCGUUAACGCGUCCGCGCUCGACUACGAGAGGCUGCAGGAUCCCGUCAUAGAGCUACAGGUGACCGCCCGCGAGCGAUCAACACCUCAGCAUCUCAGCAGCGUCGCCGUCGUCACGGUAACGGUGGAGGAUCGCAACGACAACGCUCCGGUCUUCUCGCAGCCGUCGUACGACGUGUCGAUCCCCGAGAAUGUGCUAGGUGGCGCCACCGUCGUCGUCGCCGCGGCGACGGACGCGGACUCGGGAGACUUUGGAACGCGAGGAAUCAGAUACCGGCUGUUUGGAAACGGAGCGGAGAGGUUUGUCGUGGACGAAGUCACUGGGGUCGUGGAGGUCGCGACCUGUGACACGCCCGGUUCGGGAAACUGCCUCGACUACGACGCAGGCAGCGCCACCUACCAGCUGUUUGUGGCAGCAGCGGACGAGGCGGGCGGCGGGCGGUCGACGGUGGCGCCACUGACCGUGCGACUGACCGACGUUAACGACAAUAGAGCGUCGUUCGCGGAGGGAUAUCGUAACUACACGGCGAUCGUGGACGAGGGAAGCACGCAGUUCAACCCUCCACUCAUCGUACAGGCUGAGGAUGCGGAUGGGAGUGCCAGCAUCUCCUACUCUAUCGUCAGCGGCAACACUAACGACGUGCUAUCGAUCGACAACGUCACCGGCGUCGUCUCCGUCGCCGCGCCUGAGAAACUGGACAUCAGUCUGCUAGCUACAGACCUCGUGGUGCUGACUGUGGCGGCGACGGACGGCGGCGGCAGUCUACCGGACCUCGCGACGGUCAGCGUGUUUGUGAGAGAGGUCAACGACCGCCGGCCGACCUUUGACCCCGCCGUGUACGCGGCCAGCGUGCGCGAGACUGACCCGCCAGGUACGCUGACCUCGUCCGCUGACCCCGAGGUGUCCGCGGUGGACGGAGGGGUGCCGCCGCAGUCUGGAACAGCCACUGUAGUUGUCAGCGUACUGGAUGCAAACAACAGGCGUCCAACAUUCCAGCCAGCGGUGAUGCGCGUCGACGUGCCAGAAG